AGCGGUGCUGACUGGGGCUCUUUCUUUACUAGGAAACCCGGUUUCCCCGCGGGCGAGUCCGGGAACGCGCAGGUACGCACACAAACACAGAACACAUACACACGCGCGCGCGCGCGCGCCAGCGCGCUUGGUCUUCACAACUGCAUCCCCAAACCGGCAGAGCGAAGCCACUGCGGUUUCUCGUGAAGCAGAGCCUUUGUGCAUCAGGGAGAGCCUGGUGCCUGCGCUGCCGCCUCGGGUACCUCCCCCCGCAGACCGCUCACCCCAUCGGCUGGAAUGCUUUCUGACUCCUCUGUAAACUUCUAAGGCCAAGACUCCAAGGAGCCCAGCUGGAGAAUGCCGUCUGAACGCUGCCUCAGUAUUCAAGAUAUGCUGACGGGCCAGAGGCUCUGCCACUCCGAGUCCCACAACGAUAGUGUGCUGGCAGCACUGAAUCAGCAGAGAAGCGAUGGCAUCCUCUGCGACGUCACCCUGAUUGCCGAGGAACAGAAAUUCCAUGCGCACAAGGCAGUCCUAGCAGCAUGCAGCGACUACUUCAGGGCAAUGUUCAGUCUCUGUAUGGUGGAAAGUGGAGCUGACGAGGUGAAUUUGCAUGGUGUGACCAGCCUUGGUUUAAAGCAGGCUCUGGAGUUUGCAUACACAGGACAGAUUUUGUUGGAGCCAGGCGUGAUCCAGGAUGUGUUAGCUGCUGGCAGUCACCUACAAUUGUUGGAGCUUCUCAACUUAUGUUCCCACUAUCUAGUCCAGGAGUUAAAUAGCUUUAAUUACUUGGAUCUGUACAGACUUGCGGACCUCUUUAACCUCACUCUGUUGGAGAAAGCAGUGAUCGAUUUCUUAGUGAAGCAUCUCUCAGAACUGCUGAAGAGUCGCCCAGAAGACGUCCUCACGCUGCCCUAUUGUCUGCUUCAGGAGGUCCUCAAGAGCGACCGCCUCACUUCGCUGAGUGAAGAGCAGAUCUGGCAGCUAGCCGUGAGGUGGUUGGAACACAACUGCCACUACCAGUACAUGGACGAACUCCUGAAGUACAUCCGCUUUGGCCUCAUGGACGUGGAUACUCUCCACACUGUCGCCCUGUCCCACCCGCUGGUCCAAGCAAGCGAGACGGCCACGGCGCUGGUCCACGAGGCGCUGGAAUACCACCAGAGCAUCUAUGCGCAGCCCGUCUGGCAGACGGGCAGGACCAAGCCACGGUUCCAGUCGGACACGCUGUACAUCAUCGGCGGGAAAAAGCGAGAGAUCUGCAAAGUCAAGGAGCUCCGGUACUUCAAUCCUGUGGACCAGGAGACUGCUCUCAUCGCCGCCAUUGCCAACUGGAGUGAGCUGGCGCCCAUGCCCGUGGGGAGGAGCCACCACUGUGUGGCCGUCAUGGGAGACUUUCUGUUCGUCGCCGGCGGAGAAGUGGAGCACGCCAGCGGCCGGACGUGUGCCGUGCGGACGGCCUGUCGCUACGACCCCCGCAGUAACUCCUGGGCAGAGAUCGCACCCAUGAAAAACUGCAGGGAGCACUUUGUGCUGGGCGCCAUGGAGGAGUGUCUCUAUGCCGUCGGAGGCCGGAACGAGCUGCGUCAGGUUCUGCCCACCGUGGAGCGGUACUGCCCCAAGAAGAACAAGUGGACGUUCGUGCAGCCCUUUGACCGCUCCCUUUCCUGUCACGCUGGCUAUGUGGCUGAUGGACUUCUUUGGAUAUCAGGUGGAGUAACUAACACAGCACAGUAUCAGAACCGGCUCAUGGUGUAUGAACCUAACCAGAAUACAUGGAUAAGCCGCAGCCCUAUGCUGCAGCGAAGGGUCUACCACUCCAUGGCUGCGGUCCAAAGGAAGCUUUAUGUUCUCGGCGGCAACGACCUAGACUACAACAACGACCGGAUUCUCGUGCGACAUAUAGAUUCUUAUAACAUCGACACUGACCAGUGGACACGUUGUAACUUCAACCUGUUGACAGGCCAGAAUGAAUCAGGAGUUGCUGUCCAUAACGGGAGAAUAUAUUUAGUUGGAGGAUAUUCGAUUUGGACAAAUGAGCCUCUGGCCUGUAUCCAGGUGCUGGACGUAAGCAGGGAAGGCCAAGAGGAAGUGUUCUAUGGGCCCACGCUUCCCUUUGCGUCCAAUGGAAUAGCUGCGUGCUUCCUGCCGGCUCCUUGUUUCACGUGCCCCAACCUGCAGACUCUUCAGGUGCCUCACCACAGGAUCGGUGCCGUCUGACAAGCCAGGGCGCUGCUGCCCGUCACCAAGGCUUGCCUUUGGCUACUGGGCACAAAGACUCCAUGCUCGAUGCUUCCUUGUCUUGCUUUGUCGGUCUUAUAUUGACACACAUUAGCAAAAAAUGAACAAUUUUCUAAACUCGUUACUGAAAAUUCCUGUCACCCUACUCAGUGUAUGUCAAUAUACAAUACGUAUGACUUUAUUAUGGUAUAGCUCAGUGCCAAGUUAAUGGUUCAUUAUUGUUCCAUGGGUCUUUAGAGUGUUCUUUGUAUACUUUUUCUAAUCACUGCUGUCUAGGUUAGAAUGACACUGUUAGUAAUGCAAUUUAUUUCCCACUAAGAGCAUCAAUGAUCUUUAAAACAAACAAAAUACUUCCGUACUUAGUCUCUUCACUACACAAACCGGUUUCGUAUUUUUUCCUUUGAAAAUUUAACUUAUAUUCCUACUUAGUAGAGUCACAGCAUUAUGGCAAAAAAAAAUAUUUAAACUCAUCUUUUAUUUAAGUAAUACAAAUAAUGGAAGUACAAGAAGCAGUUGGAUUACCAGGAUUUUUCACCGUGAGUUAUUCAUGACCAUGGACCAGAGCACAACUUUAGGACCAGAACACAACUUUACUUAUUUUCUCUGUUUGCAGAGGAUAAUUAUUGGUUUCCAUCUUAAUUCCAAAUACUGUUGUGGGGAUUAGGCAAAUGCUCUGAAGUACUUUGCCUAAGAAGUGGGG